AUGGCCAUCUGCAGGAAGCCCUUUACACCCUUCCUCAUCGAGGACAUCCUGUCGCUUCAGGAGAAUCCGGCUGGCCGCUGUCAGAGAGUGCUCCCUGCAGGCGGUGACCCGCAGAAGCCGGACCCCAGCCGCUGGCCAGGGGGGACAGAGGGAUCAGGAGAGAGGGGCAAUCGCACCUCUGGACCAGAGAGGAGCGGCGGCCAUUCGGCCUCACGCCUCGGUCCCGCGACAACCCAGGACAGCAGAUCUGGACAUCUGCAAGCACAAGAAUCCAGUCAGUCAAGCGCUGCCAGCCUUGAGGGGAGCAUUAUCUCCCCAAGAGCUCCGAGGAACCCCAGGAAAAAGCGUUCUCGAGCAGCUUUCUCACACGCCCAGGUUUUGGAGCUGGAGCGGAGGUUCGACACUCAGAGGUACCUAUCGGCGCCGGAGAGGGCUGACCUGGCUGGUACCCUGAAGCUCACUGAGACCCAGGUCAAGAUUUGGUUCCAGAAUCGGCGGUACAAGACCAAGAGGAAGAUGCUGGCUGCCAGCCAGAACUGUGCUGUGGUGAAGGAGCGGCCAGAGAGAAUGGAAGCUGGGUCCCGAGCAUCCUUAAUACCUACCUACCAAAGUUACCACUACUAUCCCUAUUUAUACUGCCUGGGAUCUUUCCCAGCUACUAUCUGCUGAGCUCAGCUUCCAAUGGCCUCAAGGGACUCUGCAAUUUAUUUAUUUUAAUCCUUGGUGAUGGGAAUAAAUUUUUUUUUUACAUCUCAUUAGGGUGGGGCUGAGUGGCCUCCUCCCUCCUCCACUUUGCUCAUUUCGGUAUUGGCCUCAAAAUGAAAGAAAGUGCAAUUUGAUUUA